UGUUGAGACAGUGUAGUUUGUUUUUGAGUAAAAAGUCUACAUUUUUGAGUGAAAAUGGUCAAAGUAAAGGUAGAAGACACAGCUGAUAAACCUAUACCAAAAGUAAAAACGGUUAAAGGAAAAAGUACAAAAGAGAAGAAGAAGAAAGAGAAGGAGUCAAAGGAUGAAGGAAAAAAGAAAAAAUGUCAGAAAGAUUCACAAGUAGCAGAAAAUGGAACUGAAGAGAUAGCCACAGUGAGCAAAGAGAAAAAGAAAUCAAAAAAAGAAAAGAAAUCAACAGACAAGACAGAGGGGAGUCCACCCAAGCAAAAGGACAGUGCUGUGAAAGAGAAAAAGAAAAGAUCAAAAAAAGACGAGAAAUCAACAGUAGAAAAUGGACAUGAUGCAAGUGUGGAUAAUAUUAAAUCGGAACCGAUAGACACUAACUAUGGAACUAAUGGUGAUACUGAAAGGGUUCUGGAUGAAGUUAAAGUAAAGACAGAGAAAACAGAGGGAGAAAUUCUAGGGGAUUUCUCAAACUUCAGGAUAAAAGAUGCCACAGUCGAAAAACUUCGGAAACAAAAUAUAAAUUAUUUGUUUCCCAUACAGUACAAAACAUUUAAUCACAUAUAUGAUGGGGAAGAUGUGAUUGGUCAAGCACGUACUGGCACGGGAAAAACACUUUCCUUUGCACUACCUCUUGUAGAAGUGUUACAGAAGAAGAGAACACAAAGAAUACGUAACUGUCCAAAGGUCAUUGUCAUGGUACCCACCAGGGAACUUGCCAAACAGGUCUCUGAUGUGUUUGAAUCAAUUGGUGAGGGGCUGAAUGUUGCAUGCUUCUAUGGUGGAACGCCAUAUGAGAAACAAAUGAGAGCCAUCAGCUCAGGAAUAGAUGUCCUUGUGGGGACACCUGGUCGUAUCAAGGAUCAUAUAGAGAAGGGAAAUCUAGACUUCAGCAGGGUACGACACGUGGUUCUGGACGAGGUGGACAGAAUGCUGGACAUGGGCUUUGCUGAGGAUGUAGAGACCAUUAUAUCAUCUGCUUAUAAAACUGAGAAUGAGGAGAGGCCUCAGACUUUGUUAUUUUCUGCUACACUUCCCCCCUGGGCUCAUGAAACGGCCAGGAAAUACAUGAGACAGGAUAAGCUGGCAAAAAUCUCUCUUAUUAACAACCAAGAGAACAGGACCUCCACAACAGUACAGCAUUUAGCAAUCCGUAGCAGUUUUUGGGACCGUCCCUCUGUGAUUGGAGAUGUUCUUCAGGUGUACAGUGGUAAGAAUGGUCGCGCCAUUAUAUUUAACGAGACCAAGAAAGAGGCUGAUAGCUUAUCAUGCAGCGAAUACAUCAAACAAGAUGCUCAUGUUCUGCAUGGCGACAUUCCACAAGAGAAAAGGGAGACUGUUCUCAAAGGUUUUCGGGAUGGAAAGUUCAAUGUCCUGUUGACUACAGAUGUUGCUGCGCGAGGACUGGAUAUUCCCGAGGUAGAUCUUGUCAUCCAGUGUAAUCCUCCAGAGGAUGUGGACUCAUACAUUCAUCGCUCAGGACGAACGGGUCGUGCUGGCAAAAAUGGAGUCUGUAUUUGUUUUUAUAAACCAGAAGAGGAAAUGAAACUGGCUAAUGUUGAAUAUAGAGCGAAAAUCAAGUUCAAAAGAGUUGCUGGACCAACAAAAGAGGAGAUAAUUCGGGCCUCAGUAGAGGAUGCAGUAAGAUCUAUAGAAGGUGUACCAUCAGAGACACUGGAUUACUUCAGAUCCUCUGCAAAAGAACUGAUUACAGAGAGAGGUGCAGAGGAUGCCCUCGCUGCAGCCCUAGCCUUAAUAUCUGGAUCAACAAAAAUCACCUCCCGUUCUAUGUUAUCAUCUAAAGAGGGAUUCACGACAUUUUACCUGAAAACGAACACAGAAAUUCAGCGCAACAACUACGUGUAUCGUGCAUUAGAGAGAUGUCUGCCUAAGGACUUGGUGGAGAAAAUUAGAUGGCUCACAUUAUGCAAGGAUAGAAUGGCAACUGUGUUUGACUUUCCUUCGGAUUGUGAAGCUCAAGUCCUUGAUUACUGGGCGGAUGGAAAAUAUGACUCCUUGUGUAGGGCCACCGAGCUCCCAGAAUUACAGGAAAGGGACAGACCGUUCUCCUCGGGCGCCCGUGGAGGAAGGGGGAGGGGCUUCGGUGGUGGACGUGGAAGAGGCUCGGGAUUUUCCGAUAGGUUUUCAGGGGGUAAUAGAAGAGGGGGAUUUAAUGGGAGGGGCGGAUUUAAAAGAUCUGCUGAAUUUGGUGGAGGAAAUCCACAAAACAAAAAGAUUCGAUUUUAAUGUUAAAUAUAUUUACGUAUAUAUAAUGUGCAAUAAAUUAGAAUCAAAAAGUUCCCUGA